CGUCAAUGUCAUAUUUUUGAAAUUAUAUAUAAAAUGUCAAAGUGUGUUGCAUAGAUUUAGGUGUGUUGCGAAAACUUUCCUCAGCGUCGGCUUCGGCACUGAUAUUUUGAUUUGUGUUCUUGAUUUAUGAAUAAGAUACGAGAAUCUCGAGUAGUGGAGUAACAAUUAACUUAGUAUAAAAUUAAGCAUCCAUCAUGGACGCAAAAUCAUUUCUUUACUCUUGGUGCGCGAAGAAAGGAUUAACGCCGAACUACGAUGUGCGGGCCACAGGGCCCAAACAUCGUCAACGUUUCCUCUGCGAGGUCCGAGUCGAUACUUUCUCGUACGCCGGAGCUGGCAACUCCAUGACGAAAAAGGAAGCUCAGAUGAAUGCUUCCAAAGACUUCAUUAGUUAUCUUGUACGUACUGGUGACUUGGCACCUGGAGAUGUACCCGAGGAUACUAGGGCUCCUGUGGUUAAAACUGAAGAUAAUGAUAAUAUCCAGGGUCAGGAUUCACUUCCUCAGCAACAACAGAGACCUGUGUUUCAGGAGGGAAUGGGACCAGAUAUGAUGGGUCCUGCUUACCAUGCAUACGGUGGUCAAAAUGAGAACUUUACAUAUAUGAAUCGUUUACAACAACAGAAAAAUGUAGAGGAAGCUGAAGACUUAGAUGUUAAUGCCAGUUUACAUGGUAACUGGACGAUGGAAAAUGCCAAGUCUAAACUACACCAGUUCUUACAGAUCAAUAAGAUUAAUACGGACUAUGUUUAUAAAGCGGUCGGUCCGGAUCACACACGGAGUUUCUGCUGCGAGUUGUCUAUAUUUGUACGUCAGUUGGGCCGUAACGUAACCGGGCGUGAGACCGCGUCGAACAAGCAGACGGCGAGCAAGUCCUGUGCUCUGUCUGUCGUAAGGCAGCUUUACCAUCUCGGUGUGAUUGAGGCCUUCAGUGGCACGCUGAAGAAAGACAGGUCUGGAGAAGGUAUUAUGAAGCCUUAUCCGGUGGCCAUAAGCCCAGCACUGGAACAACAACUGGAGGAGACACUAAAAGAACUUGAAAUAGAACCAGUACAGGUGGACCUGUCUGGUCACUACUCGAGUGAGGAUGGUCAGUCAGGGCUGACCCUGCUCCAGAUGGACCGCGUGAAGGCCAUGCGAGAGGCCCGCCCCACCCCCGGCGGCGUCGUGUCCUGGUCACCGCCGAAACCCAACUGGAAUGCGUGGACUGGGUGUAAUAUUGAUGAAGGGCCACUGGCUACGACAAGUCUUGAGGACAUCAGCGCUGACCUUGAGAAGCGCCACAGGGAUAUGUGCCAGAAUAGUACAUUGUAUCAGGAAAGUUUACGCGAAAGGGAAAAACUACCGGUGUACGGUAUGAAGUCGCAAAUCAUGGAGGCUAUCAAUGAGAACCCAGUCAUCAUCAUCAGAGGAAAUACUGGCUGUGGAAAAACUACACAGGUAUGCCAGUUCAUCUUAGACGACUACAUAGCGAGCGGGCAGGGCGCGUGGGCCAACGUGUGCGUGACUCAGCCGCGACGUAUCUCCGCCGUCAGCGUGGCCGAGAGGGUCGCCAGCGAGCGCUGCGAGGACCUGGCCAAUAGCGUGGGCUACUCAGUCCGCUUCGAGUCCUUCCUGCCGCGUCCAUACGGGUCCAUAAUGUUCUGUACCGUGGGAGUACUGCUACGUAAGCUCGAGGGUGGUCUACGUGGAGUCAGCCACGUCCUUGUCGACGAGGUUCACGAGAGGGACGCUGACACCGACUUCGCUCUUAUCCUCUUAAGAGAUAUGGCCCAUACGUACCCAGAUUUGAGGAUCAUUCUCAUGUCGGCAACAGUCGAUACUACUUUGUUCACUCAGUAUUUCGGAAAUUGUCCUGUUAUUGAGGUGCCAGGCCGCACGUUCCCCGUAAAGCAAUACUUUCUAGAAGACUGUGUCGAGCUAACUAAGUUCGUGCCUCCGCCAGACACGCGCAAGCGCAAGGCAUCCGGCAAGAAGGCAAACAGCACCAAUAAUGAUGACGACGAUGAUGAUGAAGGUGGAGCGGAGGAACAAGAUGAAGACUUGAACAAGAACUGUCAACUGUCCAGCAACUACUCCCCGGAAACAUCACAAACCAUGGCCAAGCUCUCUGAGAAAGAUCUAAGUUUCGAACUUAUCGAAGCAAUUCUACAAUAUAUAAGCAGCUUGGGAAGUGAUGGCGCUGUGUUGGUGUUCCUCCCCGGGUGGAACCUUAUCUUCGCGUUGGCCAAACAUUUGUCCCAACAUCGAGUGUUUGGCGACACGUCUAAGUAUGUGAUACUGCCGCUACACAGCCAAAUCCCCAGGGACGAUCAGAAGAAAGUGUUUAUUACUCCACCGCCGGGUAUGGUUAAGGUGAUAUUAUCAACGAACAUAGCGGAGACAUCGAUCACGAUCAACGACGUCGUCUACGUGAUCGACUCGUGCAAGGCCAAGAUGAAGCUGUUCACGUCACACAACAAUAUGACGUCAUACGCCACUGUCUGGGCCAGCAGGACUAAUCUGGAACAGCGUAAAGGUCGCGCCGGUCGUGUCCGCCCCGGCGUUUGCUUCACGCUGUGCUCUCGCGCGCGCUACGACAAACUCGACGAACAUCAAACUGCUGAGAUGUUCCGCACACCACUACACGAACUGGCUCUGAGCAUCAAGCUGCUCCGGCUGGGCAGUAUCGGGCACUUCCUGUCGAAGGCCCCCGAGCCGCCGCCGCUGGACGCCGUCAUCGAGGCCGAGGCGCUGCUGCGGGAGCUGGCCUGCCUCGACGCGGGGGACAACCUCACGCCGCUCGGGACCAUACUCGCCAAGCUGCCUAUAGAGCCGCGUCUAGGCAAGAUGAUGGUGCUGGGCUUCGUGUUGGGCGUGGGCGACGCUCUUACCACAAUGGCGGCCAACUCAACGACCUUCCCGGAGAUCUUCAUAGUGGAGGGUCGCCGUCGCCUGUCCAACCACCAGAGGGCGCUAGCGGGGGACAGGGCGUCGGACCAUGUCGCCAUGCUGAAUGCUUUUCAAAUGUGGGAACGAGAGCACGCGAAGGGCGAGGACGCUGAGAUGCGCUGGUGCGAGUGGAAGGGGCUGCAGCCCACCACCAUGAGGGUCACCUCCGAGGCCAAGUACCAGCUUACUAAUAUCCUAACAACAACGAUAGGUUUCUCCGAAGAGUGUUGUGUGCCACAACGCUGGCACCCCACCGGUUCAGACCCCACCUUGGACCUGGUCAUCGCGCUCAUGUGUAUGGGACUCUACCCUAAUGUGUGCUUACAUCAGGGGAAGAGAAAGGUUCUGACGACGGAAGGCAAGCCGGCGGUGAUCCACAAGACAUCGGUGAACUGCAGCAACCAGGAGCAGCGCUUCCCGUGUCCGCUGUUCGUGUUCGGCGAGAAGGUCCGCAUGCGCGCCAUCUCCUGCAAGCAGACCACCAUGGUGGCGCCGCUGCAUCUGCUGCUGUUCGCCUGCAGGAAGGUCGAGUGGAUUGACAACGUGGUCCGCCUGGACAACUGGCUGAACUUCGACAUGAAGCCGAGCACGGCGGCGCUGGUGAUCGCGCUGCGGCCCGCCGUCGAGAAGAUCGUCGAGCGCGCCGCCGCAGAACCUGACGCCGCGCUACACUUCUCGCCUAUUGAACAAAAGGUAAUCGACUGCGUGAAAUCGCUAUGCAUCGUGGACGCGGGCGACUACAACAUCCAGCGCGAGACCAGCACACCGACGUUCAGGAUGGACGGCGCCAAGCGAGGCAACCGCGGCUGGGGGACCACCGGGCCCCGCGGCGGCUUCGGCGGACAAGGGUUCGGCGCCAACCAGGGCUUCGGCGGAAACAGAGGUGGAUUCGGCGGAACUAGAGGCGGCUUUGGCGGGAACCGAGGCGGUUUUGGAAGCGGCAAUCAGGGCGGCUUCGGCAAUGAAGGUCAAGGUGGCUUCGGAGGUGGAUUCCAGGGCGGUUUCCGAGGUUCAGGCGGUUUCGGCAGCAACCAAGGAGGUUUUGGCGGUAACCAAGGUGGUUUCGGCGAUAACCAAGGUGGUUUCGGUAGCAACCAAAGUGGUAACGGUUUCGGCCGCGGUGGAUUUGGCAGCCGAGGGUUCGGUAAUACAGGUUUCGGAAACCGCGGCUAUGGUAACAGUGGCUUUAGAAGAGGCGGACGCGGAUAUUGGUGACCAUUUCAGUAAAUAGUAGGUAUAAUAGUGACAAAUUGUGUGAUCCCAGAGUCACUAAACUUAGAAAUAAAUUAAUACCAUAAUA